GAGAUUUUUAAUGGCUCUGUCUCUGUUAGCAGAAGACCUUUUAUUUUGUGUGUAUGUGUGCGUGUCUUGUCCAUCUGUUUACAUGCCGUGUUCCUUUAAAGCCUCGCAUUUGAGAACAACUUCUGUUCAUAGUGGGAUUUUCUUCAAAAUGAACUGUUUUUAGGACAAAUGUCCUGGACUAUCACUGGAUCUAAUUUGUUUUUAAUCAACAAUCAAAUUAACUGCGCGUCUUUCCAAGUUUGAUGUCCUAUGAUCGUUCGUGUCUCUAUUCUCUACAUCCGUCACAUCGCCUUCGCAUUGUUUUUUAGUUAUUAAUUUGUAGACCUCAAGAUGUUUUCGCACGAAAAGGAGGUUAGUGCUAUAGGCUUUACCUCUACAGACGAGUCCCCCGGGAAGCUGGUGCGACCUGACAUCUCCCCGACCCUGGAGCUCGCUCUCACCAUCGUGUACACCCUCCUCUACACCUUUCUGUUUGUUUUCGUGUACGUCCAGCUGUGGCUCAUCCUGCACCACGGACACAAGCGCUUCAGCUACCAGAGUGUGUUGCUCUUCCUGUGCCUGCUGUGGGCUGCGUUGAGAACCACGCUGUUCUCCUUCUACUUUGAGAACGUCUCCCAGGCCAACCGCCUGCAGCCCUUUCCCUACUGGCUGCUAUACUGCUGCCCGGUGUGUCUACAGUUCUUCACGCUGUGUCUGCUCAAUCUGUACUUCACGCAGGUGAUGUUCAAGGCUAAAGCAAAGUAUUCCCCAGAACUCACCAAGUAUAAGGUCCCCCUGCGGCUGGUCUUCCUGUGCCUCAGCGUGCUGUUCCUGGUGGUGAACCUGACCUGCGCGCUGCUGAUCCAGAGCGCCGAGCAGCGCGCCGACCCCGCCAGUGCGGGGGGGGUCCGGCGGGCGGUCCUGGCCCGGGUCCUGGUCAACGACAGCCUGUUCGUGCUGUGCGCCGUCUCGCUCUCCGUCUGCAUCUUCAGGAUCGCCAAGAUGUCCUCGGCCAACGUCUACCUGGAGUCCAAGGGCACUUCGGUGAGACAGGCCACGGCCAUCGGCUCUCUGAUCAUCCUGCUGUUCACGUCCAGGGCCUGCUACAACCUGGCGGUGGUGGUGCUGGCCCCUGAGGGGCCCGCCACCCCCUUCAGCUACGGCUGGUUCAGCGUCUCCGAUCAGGCGGACGUGCAGCAGGUCAGUGGUGAGACCUACGUGGUGUUCGGGGUGGUCCUGUUGCUGUGGGAGCUGCUCCCCACCAGUCUCCUGGUGGGCUUCUUCAGGGUCCAGCAGCCCAACCUCAACCUGGCGCCAGGCGGGAUGAUCAACAGCCAGAGCUUCUCGUCGCGGGCGUACCUCUUCGACAACCCUCGGCGCUACGACAGCGAGGACGACCUCACCAGGAGCAUCACCAGCCGGUCCGACCGGGCCAGUCUCCUCUCCACCGCCCCUCAGACGGGCCCGCCCACGUGGUACGGCUCCGUCCCGCGCACCGGCAGCCUGACGGGCGUCGGCGGGCAUCCCCCCACGCUCACCCACCCUACCUUCACCUCGUCCUCCGCCAACGCCCCCGCCACCACGGCCCCGCUGCUGUUCGCCUACCCGGGGUCCCAGGGCCCCCACCACAUCCACCACCACCACCACCACAACUUCUACUCUACGCCGCAGAACAACAACGGCUGCCGCCACCUCCAGCACCCCCCCCACCAGCAACAGCAGCAGCAGCAGAGCCACCAUUGUUCCACUCCGCAGAACCAGUACUGCGGCUCCCAGAACUACUACUGCACCCCCACCAAUUAGGGACUUCCUCCCCCUCCUCCCCCUAAAACAAUUCCCACUCAAGGAAACCCCAAAUAGUGCUUAAAAAUUACUUUGGUCGUCUGAAGUUGGUCGUCGGACCUUCCCGUUUAGAAUGAAUGUUUUGGUUUCCUCUCCCAGUGUUGCCUGAAGUACGCCAGGUUGCAGCCAUUUUGUUUUGCUCAAAACCGUAGACAAGAGCCGAAGAACCGACGACGACAAAAAAGUAGAAUAAUGAAGCGGUUCACCAAACGAGUGUUUUACCAGCAUGGCCGACCUCUUAAAACGCAAGAAUUUGCACAUUUUCUUUUGAUAAUAUAUAUAUCAUGUCCCCGUUAAAGAGCCUCCCAUCUUUCCGACGUUUUUAUCACUGGUCACUUGUAACUGAGCCUAAGCUGGAACUACUGAGUCUGGCUUUGUGAGGUCCCACAGAGUACACACACACAUUUAGAGAGCGACUAUUUUACCAUAUGGUGUAAAUGUCCAAAGGUAUUUUGAAUUUACACUCUGUAAGGCCACACCCAGUGACGCUUGUGACACUAUUAAGCUGAUGUCUACUCAUGGACGUUCAUGGACAAUCACAAGCGGUUUGAAAUCACGAAGAGUGUUGGAAGGGACUGUAGAUUCAUCUGCGUUGUUCCGUCUGCUAACCUUCUUCUGAUUGGUCUGAUGGUGUUGCGUUUACAUUCCCUCGUGGUUGGAAAGCCCAAAUCCAACCCCUGAAAACAGAGGUCUCUCAGUGACAGCAGGUGUUUGACGAUAGGCUGGCCUUUCCAAACAGCCUGGACGAAAGACAGCGGCCAAGCGAUGGGAGAAGGAACUCCUGUUCGCGUGCAUCUUCUGGACCAUCCAAACCCUUCAACAUGUCCUCUUCUUGCAUGUUGCCUCCAACCCCAAGCCAGCAUUUGUAUUCCCAGUCGAUUCAAUCGAUUUAGCUGAAGACAUUCAUUGAUGAACCUAGAGGCCGCUCUGAGUGUUGGGACUGAUGAAAUAAGGAGAUUUUAAGUAUGAGAAAUAUAUUUUUCUAAUUCAGGAAGAAGGGAUUUGAUUCAUUGUCAUUGCUGAAGAAGAGGUCAAAGGCCAGAGAACUUGACGACAAAAUAAGCAGAGAGAAAAAGGACUUUCACAGACACACGGAAAAAGCACCUGGUACUAUUUGUGAGAGCUUGACCCAACGAAACAGACGUUUCUCGGCCCAGAAGUUUAUCGUUAUGGAGAAGAAAAAGCAAUGCACGGAGAAGAGAGCCAGGAUUGUAAUGAUGAGGUCAUGAGGUACAAGGAAUAAAGACGUCUCCAAAAACACGACAAACCAUCAAAUGAUUGUACAGAUGUUUGUGAAGCAACUUUUUGCACUUAAUAGUAUUUAGGCCUCACGUAGAACGGCACGGAAAUUAUUUGAAUGUACAAUUCUCUUGCUUUAUCCGCUUAUAUGUUUCGCGGUCAUAUCUCCCAAUUAUUUUGCCUUUCCUUCAGGAAGAAAAGUAUGUCUAUGUUCCUUACUUGGUGUAGCCAUUGAAUCCAAUUUCACACCAUGAAUUCAUGUGCUAACAUGCUAGUUUCAUUCCUUUACAAUAUUGUAUGUUUUGCACAUUUCGAUUGGUCAAGGGAAAUACGAAAAUCGAUAGUGAAGGCUUAUUGGAUAGUUGCCUGGAAACGGAUCAGUGCCAUUCUCAGCCCUAUAUGACUAAUUGGAUCUCUUAUUUUACAUUACUUUGUUUCAUUGCCGUAUAUUAAGUCAUUUAAUAUUAUUAAGUCGUUAAGUCCGAUUUUGUUCCCUAGUGAAUGUGUUUUUAUUCAACCUGCCUUUUCUAACAUUGUAUUGUGUUUUAAUUCGGACUAUAUUAAGUAGUUGAGUUAAAUUUUAAUGUUUAACUUUUGACCAAAAUCUCUUGUUGCUAGGCCUUAAGUUUCAUCUGACCUAUUUCUCAUCCAACCAUAUAUCCUAUAUGCCAAUUUAAAAAUGAUAUUUGGUCAACAUCAAAUCAUUGCCACACUUGAAUGUGAGAUUAGUGAUCAACUCUACAAGUCGAUGCAUUCAGUUCCCAAUGUGUGUGUGCUAUGUUAAGAUCGGACGGCAGAGUUUGUUCAGCAGUCAAUCGAUCACUGAUUGAAUAUAAGCCUAUCUCUAUCGAUCCGCCUCUCACACUUGAAGGCCAUACUUUUCAGUGAUAGCUACGUGCAAUCGACGGGUGCAUUUCAAAUCAGAGCUUUGACCUACUUUGACCUUUUGACCUAAAAAUAAGCCCAAUAAUUAUGAAAAUUAUUAGGAGACACGUCUACCCUCAAUAUAAUUUAUAUUAAAUUGUGUUGUAAGUAGACCUAUUAGCGUUUUCUGUAGGCUUUAAUCAUAUUUGUUUUAUUAUAAUUAUAAUUUUGUUGGCAAUCAUUGUUUCACGUGUGGCCAUAUUGAAUGUAACCCCCUAUGUAAAAUAUCAUAAUCACUAAUGACGUAUGCAGGGCAACCACUACCUAUGAAUGAAAGAUACCGCUACUGUGCACUGUUUGUUUUCCUGGGAUUAAUUAAUUUAAUAUUUUUCAUGUUACAUAAAUUGUUUUACUUUCCACCAGAGAAGGACGUCGACAUCUACAACAUUAAAACUAACUUUACGUCAAACCGA